GGUCGCGAAGCAUCACCACUGUAAUUUGCAUGAACAAGGUACACUCACCUCGGAGUUCCGUCUGAAAACCUGUGUGAUUUUUAUGUUCUGCGUUCUGCGUCUGGUGCAUGCGGUUUGCUCCAUUGAUUUUCCGUACUUCCACGUUACGAACUGGCUGUCAACGGCUAACCCCAACCCUUGUCAAACGACAAGUGCUUCAUCAUCAAAGUUUGGAGGUUGUCCCAAGUCAAGUCGUUCUUUCCAACGCAUGCAAACAUACGAAAACGUCAAAAUUACACCGACCUUAACUUGCAAAGUUAUAAUGAUUGAUGCAGACGCAAUUGCCUCUGCUGUGCUUGAAGAAUUCAGCAAACUCCCCGCGAAACGGAAGCCCAGUGUCCGCGACAAUGGUCUUCACGAAUGGGUUCCUAUGGCCGGCAUUGUAGCCAAAGGUGCUGCUCGUUAUGUGCCUGGAAGAAAUCCAAACUCUUUACUGAUACAAUCUCUAGGCCCAAACGGACUGAAAUGUGUAGCUUUGGCGUAAAACAGGUAUGAAGUGCCUUCCGGCAUCCAAGCUGCCCCAAGCCAACGGAGUGGCCAUUCAUGACUGGCACGCCGAGAUACUUGCUAUACGAGCUUUCAACCGGUUCAUCCUCGAAGAGUGUAAACGCCUCGCUCUUCAGGGGGAUGGUGCAUCGCAAUCCGAGUUCAUCUACCGAAGGAUAACAACCCAACAUGAAAACCAAGGACAGCAAGGAACAGCAGAAGUAUGGCAAGGACAACCGUUCGCCUGGAGGGAAGAUGUGAGCUUACACAUGUACUGCUCCGAAGCGCCUUGCGGGGACGCAAGCAUGGAACUAAUCAUGGCCGCCCAAGACGACGCCUCGCCCUGGGAAGUCCCAUCCCCAACACCAGGAGACCUGCCAGCCCAAGCACAAGCACCAACCCCAGCAUCAGCAGACGACCCCCCUCUCCCCGGCCGCGCCUACUUCUCUCAACUCGGAAUCGUACGCCGCAAGCCCUCACGCGGCGACGCCCCUCCCAGCUUAUCCAAGUCCUGCUCCGACAAACUUGCCCUUAAACAAGUCACCUCGCUUCUGUCCUCUCUCACCAGCGCUUUGGUCUCGCCUGCAAACGCAUACCUGUCCAGCGUCAUCUUUCCCGCGUCUCAGUAUUCUGCCGUGGCUUGUAGUCGGUGUUUCUCUUCUUCAUCUGCUGAUGGGGGGCGGAUGGCACCCUUACUUGACACGAGCGUGAGCGCGAAGCUGGAGGCUGCAGGAUAUGUCUUUCGGGAGUUUAGGGUUGAGACGACGAAGAUGGAGUUUGCAUUUUCUAGGAGGGCUAUACUCCCUCCAAAUAAUUCCUCCUCUAAAGAUAUGACGGACAUGGCAGACGUCAAGGACACAAAGCCAAAGAAGCUCAUAGCUAGCAACCUUGCGACAUCAUGGACGCUCAACGGCCCGCGCGAUGGGGAGGGUUUGGUGGGUGGCGUGUUGCAGGGCCGGAAGCAGUUUGAUUUACGGGGAGCGAGUCUGGUCUCUCGGCGGAAGAUGUGGACUUUGGCGAGGGAGGUUUGUUCGAUGAUGGCGCUCAACGACGAUGGCGAGAUCAAGCGAGUCCUGGGAAGUACGAACCUUGUGUAUGAUGAGAUCAAGGAUGGAAGUAGCUUGCUUGAGGGGAGACGGAGGGCAAAGGAGGAGACGAAAAGGGUGGCGUUGAAAGGGUGGGUAAGGAAUACUAGGGGUGGAAGCUUUAAACUUGAGUAAAUCAAAGGAGUGUUGAGGAACGAUUCAGAGAAGGAUUGCUGGGAGAUAUGUGGUCACUAUACAAAGCGUGAAUGAGUGACAUUUCACUUGCGCACUUGAAUGCACAGCAUGUCUCGUCUCCACAUCAUCUUUGUCUCGUUGUCAUAUGGGUCACGAUUCCUGAUUCGUACUUCUCUCCAAUGUUGGUUCGAGAGGCCAAGAAGC